ACCACAUGAAACUCGCAAGCCCGCAACACCGGCGUAAACUGUCAAUAUUUCAAAAAUGCGCUGCUUGUUUUUGUAGGUUAGAGCGAAUUUACUUAACAUAAAGUUGUAUAAAAUCUAGUUUCACAUGUAAUUAAUACAAUAAGAACUAUGGAGUCCUUGCGCAGAGGGUUUAUUCUGACGUGCAUUACGUACUUGUGUAUAAAAACCAGUGAAAGUGCCAAGAUAAACACGCCAAGGGUGCUCCUGCCUUGGUUUGAAAACUUGACCGUGAAUUUCACGUUUGAAAUAAUAGAAGGUGGAUGUUAUACGUGGAGUUUGUCUCGCGAUGACAUCAUCGACUUGGAGCCUAUUUACGAUGACUCCUGGGGGCAUUGUUCCCGUGCUGCAAGAGUUUCCGUGUCUAAAUCAUGCAAGCCGCCCGGCUCCGUGAUUAUUCUUGCGGAAGAGGUCAACAGCGGCGAGAUAUUGCGGGGAGAUGUAGACAUAGACAUGAUCAGCAUGCUGAAGGUGAUGAGCACAACUUGGAAGCUCUACUUGGAAGAGGCACCGGAGGCUUUCGAGGUGGUUGCUUAUGAUGAUUCAGGUAACACAUUCUCAACAUUGGAAGGAGUAAGUUUCACAUGGACCAUAGAGAACCUUGGCAGUAAUAUCGGAAAAGAUCCAUUAGUCACUUUAGUCCGAUGGCGGGACACAGACUACGAAGCGCCUCGCAGCAUAGCCGAGCUAGAGAGCCUCGGCUUACGCUCCUACUCCGUGUUGCUCUACGGCCAGGCUAUGGGCGAUGUGCGCGUUACUGUCUGUCUUAAGGACAUCUGUAAUGAUUUCAAGCUGAAUGUGGUUGCCAGUGUGGUUCUAACGCCGGCUAUAGCUACCAUAGCACCGGGAGACACGUUGCAAUAUAGAGUGGUCCGUGCUCGCGCCGGCCGCCUCACUAUCCAAGACGUUGCCGAAACGCUCUACCACAUGACCGUACCAACCUCUGACAUAGCUCGCCUAGAGGACUCUAUAAGCCUCGUCCGAGGCACCCAAAUCGGCACAACCAACGUUCACCUCCUAUCCGGCGCUACAGAAGUCGCUACUGCUAUUUUAAACGUCGCUGAGCCUCAUAUUAUUAAAGUUUCUAUUAGACCAGCGAAAUUAGUCAUACAAUCCGAACUAUUCAUUAUACAUUGCGUGGUAUACGAUGAGGAUGGACGUGCGUUGACGGCGGGCGAUGAAAUGUUGAUAAGGUUGACGGUCGAAGGCGAGGCGAAUGUGGACUUGGUCAGGUCGACGGAGAAUGGAACUAUUACUGACGCUGUGGCAAAUAAUGCGGGGCCGUUCACGGUCACGGCUAAGCUUUAUUCUGUUGCUGGGAGGAGUGUUUAUCGAAAGGUGGAAGGCAAAGCAUCAGCAGUAGCCAUAGAGCCUUUGGCAGUAGUACCGCCAGAACUUUACGUGGCGUGGACUGACACUACUCAAGAAAUCCAGCUAAGACAUCGCGGAGGCGGUGACGAGCCAGUCCAAUGGUCUGAAGUAGAAACCGCGGACUCUCAUGCCAUCUCGCUCUCUCCCGCGGGCAUGCUAGCCGUCCGCGGCACCAGUGAGACAGACGUCCGAGUGCAACUGAAGGAUUACCAUUAUGUACGGGCUUUUGGCAAAGUGCUAGUUGCCCUGCCGGAGCUGAUUCAAGUAUCCAGUUCGGGGCACGCUCGCGUCGGCAAGCCACAUCAUCUGCACAUCGCGUUGACAGCAACUCACCCGUCUACUGGCGAAUACUACAACUUCCAUACAUGCAACUGCGCAUCAUUCGCGGUGACAUUACUUGAAGGUCCAGAGCCCCACAACGUCACUGCAGCCCCCUGGGUGGAGCCCGAUGACGGCGCUUGCUGCGUCAUCGAAUGCGCAUGGGCAACUCGCGGCGUGUCGUUACUGCGCGUGUCGCGCGGGCGCGCGGGCGCCACGGCGCGUGUGCUGGUGCGAGCGGCGCCGCGCCUCGUGUGGCCGCCGCGCAUAGCCGCGCUCGUCGGCUCCACUCUGCCUGUGUUAGCUGAGGGUGAAGCCCUAAUGCCAGAGUCGAAUGACCCCCGCAUAGCGGAGCUAACGACGCGUGACGGGCCGCCGCCGCACCGCCAUCCUGAUCUGCAACUCUUCACACUGUCCUGUCGCAGGAAAGGCGACACCCGCUUAUCUCUCAUCUCGGGUGCUGAAGAGCGCGAGUCGGCCGAGUUCGAUUCUGCGUGCGCACAACACGUAGCGCGCAUCAGAUUAGAACCAGCCGAUGCUAACAACUGCUCCGGAGGACCGAAAAUAUGGCUACGUCCCGGCCACGAAGUGACAGUAAAGGUUACUCUACUCGACGCCUUGGGCAGAGAAUUACUCGACGAGUUAGGCCCGCGCGUGUCGUGGGAAGCUGAACCUAAUCACCCUGGCAUAGAGUUCAGAGCCGUCGACAGGCUGUUUAUUGAGCACCAUCCAGAAUACGUGCCGGUGCCAGUGCCGUACAAGUACUAUCAGUUAGUGGUAGCAGACGAGCAGGCUAUUGGUUGGAGUGGGACAUUGAAAGCGAGCAUUCCUGAGGCGACCGCUAGUAUUCAAGCGAGGGUCGUGGCGCCACUCAAAUGUGAUCCACAAAGGAUAAGCCUAGCGUGGGAAGGCGAAACCGUAUCAAACAUAGCGACCGUGUCCGGCGGCAGCGGAAAGUACGCUGUAGAAGCUCCUAAAGGGUCGAGUGCUACAGUCGACGGCGGUAAACUAACGGCCGUGGUGCCGGGAGCGGGCAGCUAUGACCUGCUAGUGGUGGACCAGUGUGUGGCUGGAGAUAGGCAGCGUGUUGAGGUCACCAUCGAAGAAGUGCUAACCGUAGAAGUAUCCACCUCCCGGGCCGUCUGCGUCGGCGCGUGCGUGCCCGUGUCCGCCAUAUUGCGCGGCGCCUCACGCGCUCGCCUACUCGCAUCGCGCUCUGUGGAGUGGCGACACGACUCACACUUUACCAUCAAGGACGGCCAGUUGUGUGGGCUGAGGGAGGGCGCGGGGAAGCUACGAGCCGUGUUCGGAGGCGUGUCUAGUGCUGAUCAUGAGGUGUUAGUGUUCCCGCCGCUGAGCGUGGUGCCGGCGCGGGCGCGGCUGCCGCCGAGCGGCCGGCUGCAGCUGCGGCACGAGGGCGGCCCGCCGCCCAGCCUCGCCGCGCUGCAUUAUCAGCUGUACGAAACCUCGAGGGCUGUUGAGGUCAGCCAAUCCGGGUUGGUGCACGGACUUUCGACGGGCACGGCACGGAUCCGUCUCGUUGCACUCGACAUAUCUGAUAUUGAAAUGGCCAGCGCUGAAGCUGAAGUGGAGGUGAUCCCCAUAACCGGUAUCCGUGUACGUGCCGCGACGCAGACCCUCCUCUUGGGCUCGCCGGCGCCGCUGUGGCUGGAGGCGGCGGGGCUGGGCGCGGCGGCGCUGGCCGCGCUGCAGCCCGCGCCGAGGGUCGCGUGGGCGCUGCGGGACCCCACCGCGGCCAGGCUGCACACUACACAUGUCGACGAUAAAUUGGAGAGAAGCGUAGCAGAAGGGUUGUCAGUUCGAGUGAUCCCCCUCAAGCCUGGGGUUAUUACGAUCGACGUGCGAGUACGGAGUUUGGGACAGGCAGCAGAAACCCGUUCAUGGGACAGCACCGUCGAAAUCCUUGCCGUUUCCGACAUUGCGGUUUCAGUCUACGGCCUCCCAAAGAUCCUGGAUACCGGAGACCGUCUCGCCGUGGCCGUUGGUUCCACCAUCCAGCUCAAGUCGUUACCCAGGAGCACGUGGCAGGCCUUUGGAGAUGGCUCGUUCGAAGUCUCCUCCAACGGGGAGUUGAAGGCUCACAGCGUGGGAUAUGGCGUCGUCGUGGCUCAGCAUAAGGACGAGAGGAAUAAUAUUCAUAGAGAAACUACUAUACACGUGGAAGUGUCGACGCCCGUAUACUGCACGGCGGAGCCGAGUGGCCCCAACGAAGACGGAGCGCUGCGAGUGGUUCUUCGUAGUUCUUUAGGCCGCGAACUACUCGCCCCUGAUGCGAAUGUCAGCGCCGCGCCGCUGACCACGCACGUGCGGAAAGUUUCUGACAGUGUCCAAGGACCGGAGCUGCUGAUCUCAGGCCUAGACUCCACAGGGUCGUUGAUGACCUUCCAGGGGACAGCGGGCGGGAUCACGGUCAAAGACGAAGUGUGGGUCACCGGCUCGGACUCGCACACUGACAGGAUUUUUGUGACUGGCGCGUGGGCCGUCUGCCUGGAAGGCUCGGGCUGGGCCGCGCCCCCCGGGGUGAGCGUGCACCCGGGCAGCGGCGCGUCGCUGGCCGUGCUGGCGCGCCCGGCCGCCGCCCGGCACCUGCUGCGGAGGGACCGCCCCGCCGCCACCAAGACGCUGGUGCAGCUGCCGCUCGACAAGAUGGAAUUCCACCAAGGCGAAUGGCCGGCUACCAUGGUCCCUCUCUCCAUCGAAGCAUCGGGACUGACCUCCGGGCCGGUGCUAUGCUCGGAAGAACAGAAGUAUGCCCUCGAAGGCGUGCCGCUAGAGUUGCCCUUCACAUGUCGCGCCACCAAGCCGCACGAGGGCAAACCUGUCGCGGAUUUACUAAACGGACAAAUCGGAUGCUCAGUGAUCCCCGCGGGCCCGAUCACACAAUCAUCUGAAAUCGAGCUCUGCGCCGAGUGGGGCAUCCGCAGAACCUGCACCAAAGUGCUACUGGUGCCUCCGGUCAAACUGUCGGCCUCUAAAGUGUCGCUCCUCAACCCGCCGGCCAUGUUCACGGUGUACGGAGACUCGCAAGCCCUGAAGUCGGUUAGGUUGACGCCUUCGCCGGGCUUGAAGAUUGAGCAGACAAGCUCGAAUGAUGAGAUAAGUGUAGAAGUGACCUCGGAAGCGUCGGUCUGCGGGCUUGGCUGGGUAACGGUGAUGUCGCGGCUAACAGGACAGGAGUUACGCGUCGAGGUGGAGCGGUCGUGUGACGUAGCGUGCGGUACGCUGCUGGGCGCGUUGUUGACGCUCGUGCGGCCUUUCCUGCCCACGCUUUUGACGCUAGCCGCCGUGAUUGUAGCCUACAUGUACAUCCAAUACCGCUGGAACGAGAAGGCGCGCCUGCGCCUCCCGCAGGCGCCCGAGUCGGUGCUCCCCCCCUCCACCCCCUCGCCGUUCCCGCGCCGCUCCUGGUCGCGCAGCCCCUACGCCGCGCCCGUCUACGGCGACGCCGACACCGAGCCCCUCUCGCCCAACUCUACCCGGAUACACUCGAGGUUCCUGUAGUGCAUUGUGUUUAACCUAGUUGGACUGAAAUACUAAGUGCCAGUUGCACCAUCCGCACUUGACAGACUGAUCAACGUCACCCGGCGCGCCGCGGCGGUUUACUAUGAAGCUUUCCAUACAAUACAAUUUAGCGAGCUCUUUAACGAUGACAUACGGUGCGACCGACCCUAAGUUCGUUAACCCCGUGACCGCUAAAAACGUCAACUGACGGGCCCGGCUACAGCUAUAGGCGAUAGGCGACGAUAGGCGUGGCGUUCUGAGGGUUUAGUAGGAUAUCAUUUUACAGUGCCUAAAAUACGUAAAACCGUACAAUGAUUGUAGCAUUGGGUAUGGCUGGAUGACCAAGUUGAAACAAUUAGAACAAAAAACCCUGCUCAAGACAACCCUAGUCAACGCAAGCCGCUAGUCAAGCGGGUAUUAACAAGUUGCAAAUGAUUUGAGACGACUUUGAUAUUUUCAACGAACGGAAUGUUGAUCCGUGUUAGUAUGUAGAUUUGUGUAGGAAGGAAACUAAUAUUUAUAUUAAAAACUCGGGCAUAAAUGCCUACCCAAAACUGGCUCUUCUAUAAGUUGCAUUUCUAUUUUCAUUCGAUAGCAGAUUCGAUAAUUAUAUGCACUUUUUUUGUUGAUUAAUAUCUGGAUUUUUUGUCGUCUUCGAUAUUUUGAAAUCUGAAGUCAGCUCACAAAGAAGAUAUGAAUUAAAUACCUUCUCACGGAUCUACAUUCCGCCAUACGAAAGUUUAAGUCCUGUGAUUAAUUGGCCAAGCGACGACAAUCGAUCGCAUAGAAAAUUAUAUGUAAAGGGGCCCACUGAUUACCAGUCCGCCGGACGAUUAUCGGCCUGUCAGUUGUUGUUUGGAACUGUCAAAUUUUUGUUCUAACUGACAGGCCAAUAUCGUUCGGAGGACUGAUAAUCAUUGGGCGCCUUUACGUUGUAAAUCGGACGAAACGGGCAGAAAUGAUGUUAAAUGACAAUCAAUAUGGUGGAAGGGGACAAUGGGGACAUAUGUGGUAUUUUCUAUAAAAAGGGAUCUUAUUGUCGAUGGCGCUUACGCCAUUAUUAACGAUGCUCCGAUAUUACAAUGCCGCGCGACGCUGUGCGGCGUAAGCGCCAUCGACAAUAAGGUCCCUUUUCAUAAAAAAUGCCCCAUAUUGUUUUGAUGUAUGUUUUGUAAAUAGAUUUAGAGUGGCUUAAUUUUAGACAUGUAUUUUUGUAAUAACACCGAAUGCCAUUGCAAUUAGAAUAGAAAUAAAACAGAAUAGAUAGAACCAAUUGUAAAAUAUGGAUUGACAUUUAAAAAAUUAGGUAGGUAUAAAAAUUUAACAAAUAAAAAUAUUCUACUAAUAAUGUGUUUGACUACUGCCGAUAGAUAGUCUGGGUGUACAUAUUAAAAAUAAUCUGGAUCUCUGUAUAUUCUUAUCAAAAUAAUAUAUGUAUUAAAACAUAUUCUCCUAGACUGUAAACAGGUGGAAGUAUAUAGGAGCAAAUACCUAGGGAAUCCAUGCACACUAAAGGAGGCAACUAGCAACCUGAAGACUUUGCUAGGCUUCGUGGAGGAGCUGGGGUGGUUAGAGUAGCGCUACCUCGUUUCACGCAAAAUAGGCACAUUGGAUGUCGAUUUGCGAAAAAUUCCCAGCAUAACUAACUAACUAUAUGUAUUAAAAAUGUCAAAUUAUACAUAUACUCUUGGCAGCUCUUUACUUAUGUGUUCUUUUCACUUUAUCACAUCAUUCCGCAAAAAAAACUUUAAAUAGUUACUCAACUUUUCUCAUGUAUAUGGAAUAGGUUGUAAGAAUGGCCACAAAUUAUAAAGAAGAAGAAGAAAGAAAGAAAAUACAUUUAUUUGACGCCACAACAUAGUACAUAAAAAAGAAAAGCAUGCAGACAAAAAAACGUUUGGACGCCAAAAAGGAUCCCCACUCAGCAUAGUGCCGCGGCAAACCGUGGCGCUGGUUUUCUGUGGGGACCUGGCUUAAUCUAAAAAUAAUGGCGACACGUACGCCAACGACACACAAAUAAAAUUUACAUUGACAUAAAAAUACAAACAUUAUUAAACAGAAAAUUAAGACAAACAAAAUAUUAAUUACCGCCUUUUUUAAAUAUAUUUAUAACGAAAGUUACAAAAAAAACCAACACCAGAACGAACUAAACUUAAGACUAAAACUAAAACAAAGACUAAAACUAAAACAAAUCAUCAAAUUGCCGCGGAAAUGUAAAAGUGUGUGUGAUAAGUGUGCGAGUGAGUGACUGAUAUCAGUGUUGGCCAAAACGUUAAUGCAAUUAACCAUUAACCAGUACAAAUUGAACCGUAAACUGUAAACCGUCCGUUACGGUUUACGGUUCAAUUUGUACUGGUUAAUGGUUAAUUGCAAUUAACGUUCGGCCAACACUGACUGAUAUGUUACUGUGAUGUCUGUAAUUGAAUUAUUGAUAACUUGUACAUGUGUUGUGAUGUCCAGCUCUUGUAGGCUUAAUUAUUUUAAUAUAUUUGUACUGGUUUGUACUUAAUACUUUUAUUUCUUAGAUUAAUGUUUUGCGUCGAAUCAAAGCUCAUUUAGAGAAAACUCGCAUGCGCAGGUACGUUAAAUUGCAGUAUUUGGUGAACGAUAUAUCGAUGACCGAUUGAAUUAGUAAUCGAAACCUUAGUAGUCGGCAAAUUAAUACUCGCAUACAAGUUCGCUUAUAAUUUGUCAGAGCAUUAACAAAUCAAUCUUAACAUAAUCAUCAACAUGUCAUGUCAUUAAUGUAAUCAUUAACAUGUCGCGCGAGUGACUAAAAAUAUGUCAUGCGGUUUUUUUAGUUUUGUUCUUUUAAAUACUUUUAAAUACCUAUGUUAAACGAAUAAAUGAUUCUGAUUCUGAUUAUGUUACCCGAAGGUUCAGAUUUAAAAAUUUACAUUCUAAGGUUUUAGUCAUUUUCAAUAUGCUUUAUUAAGAUAAGACGAAAGCUUGUUUUGUUCACGCUAUAUGUUAUAAAACUUAGAGGUGCCUCUCUUGUAUGUAGUUAUGUUAAGAACAUAGAGGGGAUUUACAUAAGAGUAAGUAAGUAAGUAUGGAAUUAUGGAUGUAUGGAAUGUUAACUUCUACAUACACCAAAAAUAAAAACACUUCUACAUACACCAAAGGCACUUCAUGGGCUAUACGUAUAAAGGUCCGUGCACACUGGAUGUGUGUGCGUAGACAUGUACGCGCGCGUUGUAAUAUACAAAUCCUUAUGAGAGACGACAUACCGCGUGCGUGACGUGUGCGCCGUGCGUGCGCGGUUCCAACAUGUUAGCAUUGUUAUCGCACCCAUACGUGCAAGUCUACGCACACGCAUGACGGUAUGCACUUGCCUUAAAUGCAAGCAAUUAUAGUUUGGCAAGCCAAUUUUGUCAGUUGAAAAAGGCGGCAAACUUGAAAAAUGUAGGCGCAAAGGAUUGAUCUCCCAUACAAAUAAUGAAUUUCGCGCCUUUCACUACUGACAAAGUGGGCUUGCUAGAGUAUACAUACAUUGGGCUGUUAUGUUACUGUCAGCUUGAUAACAUUGUUUUUUAGUAAAAUUGUAAACAUUGGAGGUGAGUACAAACACACAUUUUUAUAUGUAAAUGUUAAACGAAAAUGCCAAAGGAUAUGUAGUUUUAUAAGUAAUGUUGUAAUUUUACGUUUUGGUAGUAAAAAGUGAUGAAAAAUUUGUGUUUGUUAUCUAUACUCGGUGUAGAAGGACAUUGUCAUAAUUCUCAUAGGUUGUAAUCGUAAGUGAGUAAGAAAUAAAGGUAUUU